AUGGAGAAAAGAGAUAAUAGAUUAAAUGAUCAGAUACAUAAUCUAAAAGAUGAUUGUGAUAAAGAAACAGCUAAAUUUUCAAAUAUCCAAGUGACAAACCAUAGCAAUACAAAACUGCAAUUUGAAGAAAUUAAAAAAAAUUUGAAUAACGUAAAAGAACAACAUGGUAUAUGUAUUAAUAAACACAGAAAAUUAUUAAGAGAAAAAAAUAAUUAUGAGGAAAAUUUAAAAGAUUUGAAUAAAGAGAUCAAAUUAUUAAAAGAAGAAAAAAUUAAUUGGAACAAAGAGAAAAAAAAUAUAAAAGAUGAUAAUCAUAAAUUUAUCAAACAAUUGGAAUUAUUAAGUAAAAGGAAAAGCUUAUUGGAAGCACAUAAUGAGGAAUUACAGAAAGAGCUUGAAGUAAUGAAAAAUGAAUUGGAGCAAAACAAAAUAAAUGAAAAUCAUUUAAAAAAGCAUCAGCAAGCAAUACAUAAGAAAAUACACAAUGAAAAUAAGUUAAAACAAGAAAAAGAAAUAUUAAUUUCUACUUAUGAAAAGAAGACAGAGGCUGUGAUAGAAGAACUUAAAACAUACCAAAAUAAAACUGAAGAUUUAAGAAAAAUGGUCAUUCAUUUAGAAAAGAAAACAACUAUUCAAAAAACAGAAAUAAUGGAUUUAAAAAAUAAUACUCAUCAUUUUUCAGAUAAAGUAAAAAUGUUGGAAACUGAGUGUAUUUCUCAAAAGAAUUUAUUGGAAGAAGCAGAAAAGUAUUUUGAAUAUCAAGAAAAUUUGUUAAACAAAUUAUAUAAAGAUUAUGAUAAAUGUAAGAAAGUAUUAAUGGAAACACAGGAAGACCUCAAAGAACAAAGUCAAUAUAUUGAUAUGUUCCAACAUCAUAUAAUUCAAUUAAAACAAGAAGUAAAAGAGUCUGAAGUAGAUAUUAAGGAUCUUACUCAGGAAUUAAACCAAUAUAAGCAGCAAAUUGAAUUAUGGAAAACAAAAUAUAAGAAUUUACAACAAUUACUUAAAAUAACUAAUGAAAAAUUGAAACAAGAAGAAAAUGAAAAUCUAAAGCUUAGAAAAGAAUUAGCUGUUGAAAAGGCUAAAAUUUUAGAUCUACAAAAUGAAAUCAAAAGGCUGAAAGAAGAAAAAUAUCAGUUGACAUCAAAAUUAUCUAAUAAAGAUAAAGAAAUUUUAUCCUUAAAAGAAAAACUGAAAGAUACAGAAGUACAUUUUUUGCUAGAAAAGAAGGAAUUUGCUUCACAAAUAAAUGAAAUGAAGUCAUUAAAGUUUCAAUCUAAAGAUAAUAAUAAAACAUCCUCUCUAACUAUUAGUAGAAAUUUGCUUGAAGAAAUGCAAUUUGAUUUACAGCAAUCAAAAAAAGAAUUGCUCAAAAAAGAUAUAAACAAUUCAGCUUUGAUGCAUGUAAUUGAAUCUCCAACCAACAUACAUAGAUGGAGAAUAAUAGAGAGUACACAACCUGAGAAAUUUCAUUUAAUACAACAAAUAUGUAUUCUUCAUGAACUACUUGCUGAGAAAACAUAUAAAAUUAAACAAUUGCAAUCAAAAUUAAAACAGAAAGAAUCAGAUAUAAUCUCUAUAAAGCAACAUGUUCACCCUUAUAAUGCCAUUGCUAUGAAAGAAGUUCAAUAUUAUCGCCAACAGUUAAAUAAAAAGUGUCUGUCAUUAAAGAAUAUUACUGCUGAGCGUAAUAUGUUCUAUACAAUGACUAUUGAACUGAGAGGAAAAUUAGAUGAAUUGAUUGGUGAUGUAGAUAUUUCAAAGAGAAUUGCAAGUGCACCUAAAUGUAGACUUAGGUAAUUUCAUUAUGGAUAAAAUAAUAAUGAAUGAGGAUUUCCAAAUAUUGAGAGUCAAGGUUUCAAUAUAUCCACAAAAAAUUUCUGGGUUACUCAUUCAGAUUCAAUCCAGGGUCUCUUAGACAGUAUGCUGUCCCCCUUUACUGUCUUGGCUAUCUGGCCAUUAAAAAUAUAUCUUUGAUGAUAUUUAUAACUAGGUAGGUACACUCAAAUAAUAUUUAUAGAGGCCUUUAUACAAAUUUACUUAGUAGGACUAUAUAUGUGCAUCAGCCAGUCUUAUGCACAUAUAACAUAUACAGGCUUAUAUAAAACAUUUUUAGAGAAAGUUUAGAAUAUUCUUACAUGAAUAUACUAUAUACCAUAAUUUAUAAAUUAUACUCUCAU